CCGACUUUCGGUCACCAUCUUGAGUGACAGAGGAGGCGGAGCUCCAAUUGACAUGUUCAUUAAGGGAAGGGCUGCGAGGGCACCUCCCCAAGAGCGACGGCCCGCUACCCGCGGCGGCCAGAGGCAGGCAGUUGUAGCCCCGCCCCCGGCCUUGGGCUCCACCUCCCGGCCCCACUUCCGCCGGGCGAGCGUCUGCCGGCGUCGCUACCGCACCUCGGGCAGGCGGUUUGCCGCGUCACGGAAGAUGGCGGCCGCGGCGGUGAACGGGGCGGCCGGCGUCUCGAGCUCCGGGCCCGGGGCGACCUCGAGCGCUGUCCUGCAGGCCGCGGCUGGCAUGUACGAACAACUCAAGGGCGAGUGGAACCGUAAAAGCCCCAAUCUUAGCAAGUGCGGGGAAGAGCUGGGCCGCCUCAAGCUGGUUCUGCUGGAGCUCAACUUCCUGCCAACCACAGGGACCAAGCUGACCAAACAGCAGCUCAUUCUGGCCCGUGACAUACUGGAGAUCGGGGCCCAGUGGAGCAUCCUGCGCAAGGACAUCCCCUCCUUCGAGCGCUACAUGGCACAACUCAAAUGCUACUACUUUGAUUACAAGGAGCAGCUCCCUGAGUCAGCCUACAUGCACCAACUCUUGGGCCUCAACCUCCUCUUCCUGCUGUCCCAGAACCGGGUGGCUGAGUUCCACACAGAGUUGGAGCGGCUGCCUGCCAAGGACAUCCAGACCAAUGUCUACAUCAAGCACCCAGUGUCCCUCGAGCAAUACCUGAUGGAGGGCAGCUACAACAAGGUGUUCCUGGCCAAGGGUAACAUCCCUGCUGAGAGCUACACUUUCUUCAUUGACAUCCUGCUUGACACUAUCAGGGAUGAGAUUGCUGGAUGCAUCGAGAAGGCCUAUGAGAAAAUCCUUUUCACUGAGGCCACCCGGAUCCUCUUCUUCAACACACCCAAAAAGAUGACAGACUACGCCAAAAAGCGAGGGUGGGUCCUGGGUCCCAACAACUACUACAGUUUUGCCAGCCAGCAGCAGAAGCCAGAAGACACCACCAUUCCCUCUACGGAACUGGCCAAACAGGUCAUCGAGUAUGCCCGGCAGCUGGAGAUGAUCGUCUGAGCCCACCGGGCGCCGGGGUGGGGCAGGGCACGCCUUAUUUAAAACAGUUACAGCGCAGGGUUUCCUUCAAUAAAGGUGGAUUGACAUUCUCCGUUC